AUGUCGGAAGACGGACUGGACGACGAGCUGAUCGCGCUCGUGGGCGAAGAUGCGCUUACGCAGCACGAUGCGCCGCGGUCGCACGACAAGCGCUCGGCACUUCUCUCUGAUCUGUCCGACGACGAGGAUGCCGAGGGAGAAGACGACGUGCAGGCGAAUCCGUAUCCUCUCGAAGGCAUAUACAAGGACGAGGACGAUCGCGAGUGGCUGCUCAGUAUGAAUGAAGUCGAGCGCGAAGACGUGCUCUCUCAGCGUCGCGACGAAAUGUCGCGCAAGCAGCAGCAGAUUCAGCUGGCGGCCAUGGUCCGCUCCCAACAGGCAGCGGCGGGCAAGACGCGCCGCUCGUCUGCUGACAAGGCCCAACGCCGGCGCUCAGAUGUGCGCCGCGAACUCGAGGACUUGGCUGAUCCGUUCGCGGAGUCGGACGAAGAGGACAUGUUCCGCGAGUCCGAGGAAGAGGAGGUGCGUCCACGGUCUACCAAAGCCGACAAACUGAGCGAGCUGCGGCGCAAGCGCGCCGAACGUGCAGGAAAGGCGGCGCGCGAUAGCGACGAGGACGCUCGACCUGUGCGCCGACGUCGUCGCGACCUGAGUGAGGAGAGCGAGUCGGACUAUGAGCCGACAUACGUGCCACGCAAGGUGCGUGAGCCUACGCCCAUCCUGGCGGCUCAUAGCGCUGAGCCGCCGUCGCUCGCGCUGCUCAACAAGGUGCGCCUGGGGCGUGACGAGCUAGAGCGCCUCUUGUUCCUGCCGAAUGGUCCUGAUCUCGUCCGCGGAUGCUUUGUGCGGUGCUCGUGGGGCACGCGCGAGCAUCGCGACGGGCGCAAAGAGCACAUAUACCGCGUGCACCAAAUUCUGCGAGUAUCUGAGCGCGAAAAGUACUAUGACGUGAGUCAUGAUCAUUCGGGACGCUGGAUGAAUAGCUAUGUGACAUUCAAGUGGGGCGGCAAGGAGCACCAUGUCGAUGUGCGUCCCCUCAGCACGCAAAGCAUCAGUGACUCGGAGCGGCAGCGCUGGAUCGCUGCGGCCGGUCCAGAUGCCAAGUUCCCUUCUGCAGACGCAUUCGAAACCAAGCACGCGCAGCUGGCAUCGGCGCUGUCCGCGCCACUCACAGAGGACGACAUCAAAAAGAUCCUCGAAAGGAAGCGCACACUGCGAGCGGCCGCCGAGUCGCGCGGCCUCGACAUUGUCGGGGGCGAGCAGAAGGAUCAGCACCGCAUGAACGAGCAGGCCAUGGCCCAGAUCAAUGAGCGCAAUCGCCGUCAGGAUCGCGAGCGCAUUCAGGAGGCCGAACGACGUGCCGCCCUUUUGAAGCGCAAAGCCACGGCUCCGCCAGCCACGGCAGCCACCACGGAAGCGACGGCACCGCUCGCCACGCGCGUGUCAGAUGCCUUGGCAUCGGCGCCGUCCGGCACGGGCGUCGUACCAACGAUGGACGUCGACUUGGGCGACUUUUAG